UUCACUGCCAGUUGCUGCCAGUACUGAAAAUCUAUAGUUUACGUCACAUAUAUUGUAGAUUUUCAGUAUUAAAAGUAAAUAUCGGAACGCAGCCAAAGCUAUGAGCUAGACAUGUGAUAAUUGCGUGUUAGAGGUUAUAUUGUGUGAAUAAUUUUUCAGUGAUAUUAAUUAGGUAUUAUUUUGAAAAGAUUAUUAAUGAAGAUCAUCUUCAAUGUGUUUUUUUUCAAUAUUAUUUAUUUUGAAAUAAAUUAUAAUAAUGAGUAAAGUUAGUAAAGGUGGAUUUUCCUGUGUCAUGUGUAAAAACAUAUCUGGACGAAACGCAGGAAUAAAAUUUUUUCGUUUUCCAAAAAAUCCAGAAAUGUCUAAAUUAUGGCUUAAAGCUUGCAAUCGUACGAUAAAAAAAACAACCGAAGAACUUUAUAAAAAUUAUCGAAUUUGUAGUGCUCAUUUCAACGAAAACAUGUAUCUUAAUGAUUUAAAAACUAGACUCCUACCUCGAGCUAUACCCAAUGCGAUACAGACCACCUCAAAUUUUAUGGCAAAUCCAAAUGGUGACACUAACGUUAUUUUACAAGAAAGUACAGGAUAUGGAUAGGAAUUCUAUCACAAAUUAGAGACAAAUAAAUUAUCAUUAGAGGGACAAAUGGAAUUAACUGAAAAUAAGAAUUCCAGUAAGUUUCAAAUAGCAGAAAUAAAUACAAUAAUUUAAAAUAAAUUAAUGAUUAGCAAUGUAUUACUUUUAGUUAGUACAGUGUAACACAUAAUAAAAAUAAUUGUGUAUUGAUGUUAUUUGUAACUGAUGGAAUGCUAAUGAUAUCAGAAGAGCGCAAUAUUUUAAGAGAGGAAAUUGAAAAUCUUGAGUCUUCGAAAGCAUUCAGUAAACAAAUACAAACGCCUCUGAACCCAGGCAACCAGCUGACGUCGAAAUGACGUAAAUUUACGUGAUUUUUGUCACUAAUUGGUGACUAUGACCUAAAAAUGACGUUAUUUUAAACGUCAUAACAAUCACGUCAGUAUAUACGUCAUAAGUAUACGUCAUAUAUGACGUAACUAUUGGUUUUUGGAGUAACGUCAGUUGGAAAAAAUAAAUAAGACGUCAUAAUGACGUUAUUUAAAUGACGUUAUUUAUAAACUUUAUUUAAAUUUUAUCAAAACACGGUUUUGUUAAAAAAUUGUGUAUAUUUAUGUAUUAUACGUAAAUAUUUUGUACAUUCGUUGUUCGUCCACCCACUGUUGAGAAUUAACCACCUUUCAUGCGCACUCUCGACAGGCAAAAGGGCUGCGCGACGCGCAGCGUGAGUCUGGACUCGUCGCUGCCGGAACCAUGUCGUAUAUCUCAACGGUCUCAACUUCGUUAUAGCACUCGUAAUGUUAUCAAUUGAUGUUGGUUUUAUCACAUUCGUUAUUCGUCAGAGUGGAUGUAAUUAUUUAUUUUAAGUGUAUAGCCGUGUCUUUAUUCAGUUAUAGAAUUUAAAGGAUCCUUGGAAGUAGCCGUAGUGUGUACAAAGUGACUAACACCAAGAAAAAAAGAAGUUUUCUGGCCACCAUACAAAGAGAAUGGAAUCUUUAUUAGAGCACUCAAAAAAGAAGAAAAACUCGAUCCAAAGACAUGGAAAUUACAUAUGGUCGAAAGAAUAUUUUAUGAAACUGAUAAUCUAGACGUAGCAUUUAAGAAAAGGAAAAAAGUGGAAUACACAUCUAACGUAGACACCGACAGUGAGAAGGAGAGAAAAAGGCGAAAAAUAAUAGCGAAAAAAUUAGCUUUUAAUAAUAGCAGUUCUAAUUCUGAAGCUGAAAAAGUUUCCUCAGUAAAACAGCCAAAAACAAUAAAAAUUUCUCAGAAGAGUAAUUCUUCGAUUUCUUCAAAUGAAGAGGGGGAUGUGAGAAUGACAUCACCUCAAUCAAUCUCCAGUCUUUCGACUAGCCUUACUCCACGUUCUAUUAAUAAUACUCCUGCAGAGCCUACUCCAUCAAGAAAUCGUCCAAGGGAUGAAGCCGGCCAAGAUGUGAGAUUUAAUAAAAAAGGUUUUUAUUUAUUACUUGAACAUAUUUUAACAAUUAAGGAGCAAAACAAACAAAUGUUGGCAUUGUUGACACAGAUACAAGCAGAACGGCAAAUUUAUCCAGAUAAUCCUUUUGAUUUACGUCUUAAAUCAUACGAUGACGUUAAGGCAUUUGAAGAAUAUUUAAAAGCUUCAAAAGAGAACUGUGAAAAAAUGAUAUCUUACCUUGCUACUCUCGGAGGAAGCGGAACAGUCUCCAUAACCAAUCGGAUUUUGAAGUAUCUUAUCAGCGACUUAGCAGCAACAAAAUUUAAUUACUUCGGGUCACGAUCAAACAAAGAACCGUUUCACAAAUUAGAAAUAAAGAAACUUAUUUUAUCUGCAGUUUUGAAAAAUAGACAAGGGAUACGAGAUAUUGAAGUAGAGAAUGCAAUGAAAGUUUGGCUCAAACACGCUCCUCAGAGGCAUAAGAAUAUGUUAAAGAAGCAAACAAGAAACGAUGAUCCGGAAGCUCAAUCGACCUAAGCUAUGUUGACUGCUGCAGUAAGCCUAUACCACCAAAGUAUUACUAGUUUUGUUAUGUACAUUUGACUUUACAUAAAUAUUUCCAAUUUUUAUUUUUUCUAAACUACGUUUAUUAAAAAAGUUAGUAAUAGUAGUUUUUAAAAGUAUAUUUGUUAUUAUUCUUUAUAAGUGUAAUUAUACAAUGUUUAAGAAAAAAUUUAAGUUAAAAGAAAUUGUUAGUAAACGACAAUUAAAUAGGAGAAUUAAUGCAACUGUCCAGUCGGAAACGCAAGUUGUGUGCAAUAAAUCUUUGCGAUUUGGUAAUAGCUGUUAUAAUGAAUCUACGCAAGUUGACAAUAGUCUCAAUCAUUCUUUACGCUUUGAAAAUAAUUGUUUUGAAAAUCUUUUACAAGUUGACAAUAAUUAUAAUUGUCCAUCUAAUAAUAUUUUAGAAGGCUAUGAUUCAACUACAGAUAACAUAUCACAAUUAACAAAUUUUGAUAAUAAAUUUCACAAUCAAUCAAAUCUUCAAUAUUCAUCUGUUGUUACAUCAUUUGAACAUUCCAGUUUAAAAGAAAGAUUAACAUGUUGGGCUUUAUCUGAGAAAAUACCACAUACUUCAAUUACUAAUCUUCUACAUGUUCUUUAUGACUUUCAUCCAGAUUUACCAUUAGAUUGCCGUACAUUGCUAAAAACUCCUCGAAAAAUUAAAUUAAAAAAGUUGUUUAAUGGCGAAUACAUUCAUUUUGAUUUAAACGAUACUUUGACUAACAUAAUAAAAGUAAAUAAAAAUUAUUUGUAUAAUCCUUUGAAAAUCAGUUUUAACAUUGACGGUUUACCUAUUUUUAAAAAUUCGAAUAGUCAAUUUUGGCCUAUUUUAGGUCUAAUAAAACAAAAAAAAAUGAAGCCAUUUGUGAUUGGAAUUUUUUGCGGUGAAUCGAAACCAAAUACUUUAAAAAUGUUUUUAGAAGAUUUUAUUGCAGAUUUAAAUUUUUUAUUGCAUAAUGGAAUUAGCUAUGAAGGUAUUUUUUUUGCUGUAGAAGUUCAUAGUUUUGUUUGUGACGCGCCCGCAAAAGCAUACAUAAAAUGUCACAAGUCACAUGGUGGAUAUUCUUCUUGUGACAAGUGUACAGAGUACGGAUCUUAUGUAGAUGGACGAAUAAUUUUGCCAAUUAAAAACAAUGCUAGUAAAAGAACUGAUUUAACAUUUUCUGAACAAACAGAUGAAACUCAUCAUUUAGGUGUCUCACCUUUAACAGACUUAAAAAUUGGCUUAGUUAGCAAUUUUCCAAUUGAUUAUAUGCAUGCUGUUUGCUUAGGGGUUAUGCGAAAACUUCUUAACACUUGGACUGGGGGUAAUCUUAAAGUUAGACUUAGCAGCAGGUUGGUAAAAACAUUAUCUGAUCAAUUAUUGUCAUUAAGAGGUUAUAUUCCUGUAGAAAUUAAUAGAAAGCCCAGAGCUAUUAAGGAUUUAGCAAGAUGGAAAGCCACUGAGUUCCGAACAUUUUUAUUGUACUUGGGACCUCUCGUUCUUAAAUAUAUUCUUGACAUUGGAGUUUAUGAAAAUUUUUUAUUAUUUCACUGUGCAAUUUUAAUUCUUUGUUCUAACUAUUUGAUUAAAAAAAUUGGGGUGAAAACUGCUAAUAAAUUAUUGAGAGAGUUUGUAAUUCAUUGUGAACGGAUAUAUGGAAAACAAUAUUUAGUAUAUAAUGUACAUAUUUUAAUACAUCUUUGUGAUGUAAACAUAUUUGGUAAUCUUGAUAUGUUCUCGACAUUUCCAUUUGAAAAUUUUUUAGAUCAAUUAAAACAACUUGUUAAAGGUCCAUAUAAACCUUUACAUCAAGUUUAUGGUCGUUUAGUUGAAGGAAUGAAUAAUAUUCAAGCUAUUUCUCAAAGUUCAAUUGAAUUUCUUUACGAGCAUAAUUCUGGUCCAUUACUAAACUUUAAUACAAGCUAUAAACAAUUUAUGAAGGUUAUUUUCAAUGAUUUUUUAUUGACCAAUUGUGACUCCUCAAAAGCAGAUUGUUAUUUUUUAACAAAGGACAGAAAAGUUGUAAAAAUAUAUAAUAUUGUUAGUAACAAGUGUGAUAACUUUUUGAUUGGAAAAUAUUUUACUGAAUGUUCUUCCUUGUACGAUUAUCCAUUCUCUUCAACUUACUUAAAUAUAUAUAAGUUACGAGGUGGUUUUUCAAAUUUGCAAAAGUGGGCGUUCUCAGAUAUAGCUACUAAAUGUAUUAUUUUUCCUUUGAGCCAAAAUAAUAAUUUUGUAUCGUUUCCGCUACUUCAUACAAGAGAAAGCGACAAAUAACUGCGUGAGAGUGAUUAAGCUUGCUUUUGAAAAUUUAAUUUUAAGUAAAAAAAAA